CGUCAUUCUUCACAGGAAAUUCGUCCAUGUUUUCAUAGAUCGAUGAGAAUGCCUGAACCACUGUUGGUAUUCGGUAUCCGUCUGCGACAAAAUCUGACAUCAAAUCGUCGCUGUUGAGGCCAGACGGAACUUGAAAUUGAGGCAUGCCUUACCUACGGGACAAAGGCAGAUUUUUACGGUAUAAUAUUGUCAGUGGAGUAAUUUCCAAUGGGAAAGUGUCAAUCUUGUUGUGAGACGCCUGGAACCUCGGCCAGCUCAAGGUACUCUAGUACACCACGGUCAGCAUCCACUGCAGGGACUUACCGGGGCAGAGCAGGCUCCCAGCCUCAGGUCCUCAACUCAGACCCUGGGGGCGGGGAUGUCCUCAGUCAUCUAACCUCCAGUAGGCAGCCUCAACCAAUAUCAGACAAAAAAAUGUUCACACCCUACCCAAAACUACCACCCAUCAAAAAACACAGCAACGGUGAUAACAAACGUUUGUCUUUUAUAUCGAGGGACUACUCGGAAAGUAAGAUACAAGCACUGUUUGAGCAAUAUAAGGACCCGGGAGAGGAUGCAAUAUUAGCUGAAGGUAUAGAGAAAUUCUGUACAGAUUUAGAUGUAAAUCCAGAUGAAUUUAUAGUGUUGGUGCUAGCAUGGAAAUUCCAGGCCAAGACAAUGUGCAAGUUUACUAGAGAGGAGUUUGUUAAUGGUUGCAAAGCAAUAAAAGCAGACUCCAUCAAAGGUAUCCAGGGUAAGUUUACUGACUUGCUGACUGAAGUCAAAGAUAAGCAAAAGUUCAAGGAACUGUAUCGAUGGACAUACAAAUUUGGGCUGGAUGCAGAGUCAGGACAAAGGACACUUCCUAUUGAUAUGACAAUUAGUCUUUGGAAGCUGGUCUUCUCGCAGACAGAGCCACCUAUAGUACAGCGGUGGCUAGAGUUUCUAGAUGUCCAUCCUAAUAUUCGAGGCAUCCCACGGGAUACCUGGGACAUGUUCCUCAAUUUCACUGAGCAGGUUGGUGAUGACCUAGGGUCAUAUGAUGACACUGAAGCCUGGCCUAGUCUCUUUGAUGACUUUGUAGAAAAUGAAAAUGACAGACAAAAUCAAAAUGUAAAAACACUUUAGUAUAUUGGCGCUGUUUUAACAUUCCAUAUAAAUAUGUUGCCAUCACUUUGUGUAAUAUUGAGUCAUGUCAGGGUUUAGUGGGAUGCCUUUCGUUGAAGCCUACACACAUGUUACCUUGCAAUGUUUGCUUUUUAACUCUUUAAUCACAUAAUCUUAAUUAUUAACAGCUUCAAAUGUGCAAUUUUAGUUGAGGAUUACAUUUUUAAAAUAAAUUUAUUUUUAUUUAGUUCAUGUAAUAGCAUUUUGGAUACUGAUAUUGCAAAUCACUCUAUUUUCACAUGUACAUAAUUUUGUAAAAUCUGGAUAUUAUUCUUAUGAAAACUUCAACAGACAUAAUAUAUACCAUAUCAAUAUUGCUGAUACAAUGUAAUUAUAUAACCAAUUCUGAAAAAUUCUGAAAUUUGACCGGCUGUAUCUCAGACACUAGAUAUAACUGCUUGUCACUGGAAUUUCAUACUUUGGGGAUGAGUUCACUGAGGUAAGGCAGUGUACGUGUGUUAUGUAUCAAAAGUAUGUCACCCAGGCUUAAAUUUUGACCUUUACCCUACAUCUGAUGGGGAACUGUAAAUUGCCCCCCCCCCCCCCCCCCCCCGAAUUGUUACAUGUAUUUCAUAGGCAUUUUAAAUUCUUCCCUUGCACAAAUCAAACUCACCACAGGGUUUCUUGUGAGUUCAUGUUGUGGACUCUUCUUUAUCAGUUGUCUAUCAAUACUUUUUCUUUAAACGAUUUCUUCAAAAGUAUUCUAAUUCCAGAACAAUGUUGUUUCAAUGUUAAAAAUGCAGACUGGAUCAAACUCAAAUUUUUACUAUAAUUUUUUCAGAAAAUGUCAUAUUCAUCAAGUAUAUUUUUUAAAGUAGGUACUUUGAAUGGAGUAAUAUAUAUCUUGACGUACAUUUUUAGGUCAGAAAGUUUCCUUAACAAAUAAGAGUUUGUAACAAAUUUAGAGGUCAAUAUCAUACUAGCCAUUUUGUUAGUACCAUUAUAUUAAUUACUUUGUAUAGAAAUAAACAGAUAGACAUCUGUCACAGAAAAUGUUAGGUAAUUAGGUUUGUAUGACAUGAAAACAAAUGAAUAUCAAUGCUUAGCUUAUACAUGUAGCAAGGUUCGGGCCAGAUCACUUCAGGCCUUCUUGGCCCGAAUUAACAUGACAGCCUGAAAAUGUCAGCUUUCUGCUGGUGUUGGAAAGAUAUUGAACAGUAAUAGUAAACUGUUAAGUAUUCUACUGUUGCACAAAAUUUGCAUUUUGCAUUUCUUUUUGAGUUUUCGUAUAAAGAUAAGCGAGUUUAUUUUUCCAUCUAAAAGCUGUUUUUUCACAACUAGGACAAGUUGACUUGGAUGCCACCUCUUGUUGAUAAGUAAUUAGAGUAAGUUGAUAAAAAUCCAAGCAAGUGUCUUUAUUGCAAAUUUUCUUCUACUUAAGGCAUGGUGACACAGUUAAUAAUUGAUAUUAUGGAAAAUCAUUGAAAAAUAAUGACCAAAAUCAGAAAUAUAGGUCCACGAACAAUUUAUAGAUCAGUCAGUUAUAAAUCCUACUUUCCACACAAAAUCAAGUUCCUUUACCCUUUAAACCAAAACUUCCUUUUGAGGUCUUGCUUUAUGUUUCCAUGUUUCCUGUGCUGUAACUGUUAAAACAAACUGAGGUUGUCUCCCUUUACCUGCCAAAGUUGAAGAUUGAUCAUAUAACCAUAGUUGUUGUCCAGUCCUGUCUUCACUUGACUGUGGCUUUUGUCAGAAUGGACAUCUGACCUCACAUGACCGUGACCGUGGCUGUUAUUGUCUCAGUGGACACCCUUUCUCAUAUGACCGUGGCUGAUAUUGUCUCAGUGGACACCCAUCUUCCUAUGACCGUGGCUGUUGUUGUCUCAGUGGACACCCGUCCUCAUAUGACCGUGGCUGAUAUUGUCUCAGUGGACACCCUUUCUUAUAUGACAGUGGCUGAUAUUGUCUCAGUGGACACCCAUCUUCCUAUGACCGUGGCUGUUGUUGUCUCGGUGAACACCCUUCCUCAUAUGACCGUGGCUGUUAUUGUCUCAGUGGCGACCCGUCCUCAUAUGACCGUGGCUGAUAUUGUCUCCGUAGACACCCUUUCUCAUAUGACAGUGGCUGUUGUUAUUGUCUCAGUGGACACCCUUUCUCAUAUGACCCUGGCUGAUAUUGUCUCAGUAGACACCCAUCCUCAUAUGACCGUGGCUGUUGUUGUUGUCUCGGUGAACUCCUGUCCUCAUAUGACAGUGGCUGUUAUCUCAGUGGCUUUUUGUCUCAGUGGCCACCCUUCUUCAUAUGGCAGUCACAGUUGUCUCGGUGGACAUCCAUCCUCAUAUGGCCAUGGCUGUUGUUGUCAGAGUUGACAUCCAUCCUCAUAUGGCCAUGACUGUUGUUGUCUGAGUUGACAUCCAUCCCGAUAUGGCCAUGACUGUUGUUGUCAGAGUUGACAUCCAUCCUCAUAUGGCCAUGACUGUUGUUGUCAGAGUUGACUCCUGUAUCAGAUUGCUAGUAGACAUAAAUGAUAAUAAGAUAUGAUGUAUUGAAGUUACUCACAAAAAAGUAUGUAUUGGUCAAAAAAUUAUCAGUGACAACAUCACUACCUUUGUUUUAUAUCUUUUCAGUCAUUUGGAAAGCAAUGUAUGUACAUCUAUCUGAAGAUCUGAGUAUUUAUGGGUAUUUUCUAUCUUGAUGUCACAAAGUGGUCCAUGUUUCACCUGUGCAAGAUGCUAAUUGUUUAGGUAUGCAUAUACCAUAUAUACAAUCAAUUCCCACAGACCCUAGGCAGUUGAUUGUACAGAUGCUUCAUUUAUGACCAGUUUUGAUUUCUUUUAACAUUGACUUUCUCUCAUUUGAUGAUAUGUUACAUAAUUGUUAUAUGUAAAUUGCCUUAAGCUUACCUGUUGAUGUGUUUCUGCUCCGAGUGAAUAUACAUUCUGUGUAUGUUGUUGAUAUAUGAAGAAUCUCAUCCAUACCACUUAAAAGAUACACAUUUUGUCUGAUACAAACAACAGUUUCACCCAUUGUGCAAGUGUACUACACAUUUCGAAAUUAGGAAAAAAAAACAUUCUGGAUAAAUAUUACCCUAACACCUAUUUGUGAAGAAAAAUAUCUAGAAUCACUUGUAUACUUUAGGUCAGUCCAAUGGAAUAGCUGAAUAUCCAGCUUCAGAUUGGAGUAUUGGCAUCCAUAAAGUUGACAUCAACAGUACUAGUGAGCAGAAAAUAUCUAUAAGGGGUAUACAUUUUUCUUUUACAAUGGGUGUAUGUUCAGUCACAGAAAAGGUGUGUAAUUAUAUACAUAAACACAAUCGAUUUUCAGCUUUUUAGAAAGAAUAUUUAAGGUAACAUAAUAUAAUGAUCGCAAUGGCAAUUAGGUCUAGUGAUUCACUAGCCAUUUCUACUGUAAGGCACUAGCUAGAUAAACAGUAUCCCUCAGAAAUCAUAGAUAACAGUAAUUAUGCUUUUCUGUUACCAGUGUUUUAUUUACUUAUUUGAUUAGUUCUAUUAUUAUUUUUCUCAGAUUUUACCAUUUUACCUGUAUAUGUAAAGGAGGAAGUUGUUUUUGUACAAGUAGAGCAAUGCAUGUUUUUAGCCUGUCAAUAUGCACAUAGCUUCAGUUAGGGACUUGGGGUGUAAUAUAUGAUUUUAGAGAUGAAAAGUGGCAUGUAACAAAUCUCAAAACUUGGUAAGAUGUUGUGUGACUCCUCCCUUCAUCUAUCGUCCCAGUACUCUCUUGUACAGCCAUGUAGAGGGACCGUUCUGCCCUAAAUGUUGUGCCUUUCUGUACAUAUGUAUUUAAACUACUCAAAUGUAGGAGACAGUAGACAGAGGUACAGAUGUAGAAUGUAUGAUAGCGACAACCUUCCUUUACUUGGCAUUCUCUUACAAUGUAACAAUUCUAACUGUCUUGGGUAUUAUAAAAAGAUGUCCAUCGCUUAAGUUAUCUGAGAGGUAUAUCAGCCUAAUUUCAAUAUAAAUUAACUAAACCUUAAUUACAUCUUACAAAAAGAAUCGAGAGAAAAUGACUACUCCAUAUUAUUCUGCUUUCAGUUAAAUUUAGGAUUUGAUAUGUAUAAUUCCUGAUGAAAAAUGUUCCUAGUUAUUAUAGCUUUAGAUCUCAAUACUGAAAUGUUGAUUAACAUUCUGCCAAUCAGAUUGUGGGGGUAACGUCCAGUAACAGAGAUGGAAACGUGAGAUGGAAACGUGAGGUGGAUCCUUGUGAGCUGAUGUUGUUCUGGUACUAUUGCUGAGAUAGUGCCUUACAAAGUUUGGUUUGAAAACACAUUUGUUAAGUUGAUUACUCUAAGUAUUUUGCAAUCAACUUUAUUUUGUAGAUAUACCACAGAUAUGACACAAUGACUUUUUGUGGAUUACCAGUAAUACAGCACAAUGAUUUUGUGUGGAUUACCAGUAAUACAGCACAAUGAUUUUGUGUGGAUUACCAGUAAUACAGCACAAUGAUUUUGUGUGGUUUACCAUAAUACAAUGAUUUUGUGUGGAUUACCAGUAAUACAGCACAAUAAUUUUGUGUGGAUUACCAGUAAUACACCACAAUGAUUUUGUGUGGAUUACCAGUAAUGUAAUACAGCACAAUGAUUUUGUGUGACUACCAGUAAUACAGCACAAUGAGUUUGUGUGGAAUACCAGUAAUACAGCACAAUGAUUUUGUGUGGAUUACCAGUAAUACAGCACAAUGAUUUUGUGUGGAUUACCAGUAAUACAGCACAAUGAUUUUGUGUGGUUUACCAUAAUACAAUGAUUUUGUGUGGAUUACCAGUAAUACAGCACAAUAAUUUUGUGUGGAUUACCAGUAAUACACCACAAUGAUUUUGUGUGGAUUACCAGUAAUGUAAUACAGCACAAUGAUUUUGUGUGACUACCAGUAAUACAGCACAAUGAGUUUGUGUGGAUUACCAGUUAUACAGCUCAAUGUUUUGUGUGGAUUACCAGUAAUACAGCACAAUGAUUUUGUGUGGAUUACCAGUAAUACAGCACAAUGAUUUUGUGUGGAUUACCAGUAAUACAGCACAAUGAUUUUGUGUGGAUUACCAGUAAUACAGCACAAUGAUUUUGUGUGACUACCAGUUAUACAGCACAAUGAUUUUGUGUGGAUUACCAGUAAUACACCACAAUGAUUUUGUGUGGAUUACCAGUAAUACAGCACAAUGAUUUUGUGUGGAUUACCAGUAAUACAGCACAAUGAAUUUGUGUGGAUUACCAGUAAUACAGCACAAUGAUUUUGUGUGGAUUACCAGUAAUACAGCACACUGAUUUUGUGUGGUUUACCAGUAAUACAAUGAUUUUAUUUGUGGUUUACCAUUAAUACAGCACAAUGAUUUUGUGUGGUUUACCAGUAAUACAGCACAAUGAUUUUAUGUGGAUUACUAGUAAUACAAUGAUUUUAUUUAUGUGGAUUGGCAGUAAUACAACACAAUAAUUCCAUUUAGGUAUUACCAUCGUGGUUUUACAGUAAUACAACAUGUUUUGUGCCAUUUUGUUGAAUAUUUUACUGAAGGUAUUUCUUUAUCAUUGUGAUAUACAAUCCUGUGGUUCCAUAACAGGGGACAAGUUUAUAGUUGAAAACUUAGAGACAUGCAUUUACCACUGAUAUACCGCAGUAGUAUACUGUCAGCCUCUCUAUAUCAGUGAGCCUGUUAGUGGUCUGUUGUAAUUAUUUCAUGUUGUGUCUUAUAUAUAAUUAUAUCUAUUGUAGGAAUUGUAGACAAACUGUUUGUACAAUAGGUCUAGUUUGCACCUAGAUCAGAUAUUGAAAUUGACUAUAGGCUAACAUAACCUUAUUAUACACAAAGUUGUGUAGUUCUACCAUUCCACUGAGAAUGGCUACAGAUGUCAGAGGACACUAUCUCAAGAUGCUCCAAGCAUCUCUUGUUCCAUGUUCACAGAAAAGUUUAGAAGUGACUUAAGAUACAUACUUUAUAUUUGAUGUGCUAGAACAUUGACGGGCAGUUAUUCUCUAAGGAUUUGUGAUCAAUGGGAAUGUCAAUCAUAGUGGGAAAUGCAAUUUAAACAGAAAAAAAUGUCCUAAAAUGGGAGAAAACUAAGAUUUGGAAAUUUGAAGUUUAAAUAAUUUUGUGAUAUUUGGGCCUUGAAUACAUUAAAGAGUGGGUAAAUGUGGUGUGCAAUAGGUAUGGUUGAAGUGUCAAACACAGGGUGAGAGAAUAUGCUUUAGAUGUUCUGAUUUGUACAGUGUGAUAGUCCUAGCUUGUGUGACAUAUAUCAUAAUUCUAGUCACCUUAUUCUUCGUAUGAUUUAGUAAUUUUGUCUACUUUAUAGAUGUGUCCAAUAACAGUGCCCUUACAUUGAUUUAAUUUCCUGGGCAUUAUGCUAUCAAGAUAACAUGGAUUUCUAACUUUAUUUUCAUUGAUCUUGGAUAAACAACUUGUAAACCGUAACAUAAGUAUGUCAUUAAAAAAAUAAAAAAACAGACAGAUCCAUAAUUCACAUCAAGUGAGAUCUGAUGAAUUGAGAUAAUCAGUAUUGUCAUUUAAUUAGAUUCUGGAGUGAAAUUACAACUUGUAUUGAUCCAUGACUCAUGCAUUAAGAAUUUAUCUGUAUACCUGGAGUACUUUGUAUGUUAACAUCCUCUGACAAGGUGAAGCUUCCAAACACAUGUGGUGGCUUGUAACACAGGUUACUUAUCCAAGACUGUUGGUGGCAUAAGCCUAGAGUAAUGGGGCUGCUUGAGUUACACCAGACAUACCAUAUAGUUUUAAUUUGCAUAAUAGUAUUCUUUCUUGUUUGAAAAAAAAAUAUAAUAAAUUGCUAUGUUGAUCUCAA